AUGCGGCGGCUCGGAGAUGUGAGGUCGAGAUCAGGCCGCCUGCAGCUCCUGGUGCUCGUUUUAGCGCAUCUUUGCUCUAUUACAGGUUGCCUGUUUGUGACAGACUAUUUCACCCGAACACCUCGCAAGCUAAAUGCCUUCCGAUCGUUUGCCAGCGUGGAGCUGUUCCACUUCACAGUGCCUGAUGACACAGUGGUUGCCGUCUGGAACCUCAUUACGUUUAAAGAGCAAGGGGGCACGUUUGGAGACAGCUGCCCUGACCGCAACGUGACAGUGUACUUUAGGUCAGGAGCCCCACCAGUCAUCAACCCCUUGAACACCCAUUUCCCGAAGGACACCAUUGUCCCGGGGUCCUUUGCUGUCACACUGACUUGGACGCUGCCCAACCGUACCACAGGGGUGUUCAAUGUCACCAGUCCUCUCCCUGGAGAUUGGUUUUUGGCUGCACACCUACCAAAGGAUGAAGGAAAAAUCUCUGUCAAGGGUCUUCAUGAAGAAUGUCAGUACCUCUUCCAACCCCAGCUCAUAGUCCAAAGGCUCAUUGGGAUUUCAGUGCUGUAUCCUGGCUACUUCAUUGAUCAGAUGAUACCAGGUCACAACAGAUCUGUUCUCUACAAAGUGUUCAUCCCCAGUUACAUAUCUUCAGUGAAGGUUCAGCUGGUGGACUGCAGCACCAGAAACAAGAGCGGUGAAAGCUGCCCGGUGCUGCUGAAGUUAAGGGCCAGGGCGCCACCGGUUCAUAACUCCAGCGCUGUGGACUGCAGAGAGAACACGCCAUGUGAGCUGGAGGUGCCGCUGCUAUCCUGGGAGCAGUGGUACUAUAUUCUUGUGGAGCGCUACCUCAGCACGGCAGAUGUGUACUUCCGUAUCGGUGUACAGGUUAAAGAUUGCUCAAAGCCAAGCAUCACCAAAGGCUCAUCUGCCAUGAAUAUGCCCCAGUCGUUUGGCACCGCAAUGGGAUUUUCGCUAUCAGAGACACUGCCUGCUGCCAGCCUGCCCGACCUGGCACGGAAUCGUUCUGAUCAGAGCCUGUUGCUGAAAGCCGAGAGCAGCAUCAUCUAUUUGGCUCCGACAGCCGACGCCAAUAAGUGCUGGCCCAUCCGCCCUACGUUGCGCAAUGAGCUGGAUACCUUCUCUGUGCACUUCUACAUAUUCUUCGGACCCAACAUCUCUAUUCCUCCGGACCGGGCAGCUGUGUUUGCUAUCAACUUGAUGCCAGUGCUGGAUAGUGGAGGGGUCCUUAACAUGGAGCUUAAACUCAACGUGUCCUCAACGAAAGGGGAAAACAUUACAGUGUUUGGCUGCCUGCAUCACGGAAUGCCACUGGCCCUUCGAGACAAUUCCUCCAUAAAAUGUGAAUCUGAGUCUGUUUCGGGGUUCCUUCUGUCCGUGAACACCACAACGAACGUUACAAAGCUGCGAAUCCCCUAUCCCCAGACUGGCACUUGGUACCUCAGCCUCCGAUCUCUACGUGCAACAGAGCACGGGUUCGAGGCAUGCAACGUAACAGCAGAAGUGUAUCUUCGGUCCUAUCUGACCCCAUGCAUCAAUGACUGUGGCACUUACGGCCAGUGCAAGCUUCUUCGCACUAAUAACUACCUGUAUGCUGCCUGCGAGUGCAAAGCAGGUUGGGACGGCUGGGGUUGCACUGACAACACAGGAGCUUAUUCAUAUGGAUUUCAGCUGUUAUCAACCCUGCUACUCUGUUUAAGUAACCUAAUGUUCGUGCCACCUGUGGCCAUCGCCAUCCGCAGCCAUUACCUGCUGGAGGCGUCCGUCUACAUCUUCACCAUGUUCUUCUCUACCUUCUACCAUGCCUGUGAUCAGCCUGGCAUUGUGGUGUUCUGCAUCAUGGAGUACGACGUACUUCAGUUCUGUGAUUUUCUCGGCUCACUCAUGUCAGUGUGGGUCACGGUCAUUGCUAUGGCCAGACUCAAAUCCAUCAUCAAACAGGUGCUGUAUCUGCUAGGGGCGAUGUCUCUCUCCAUGGCUCUUCAGCUGGACCGUCAUGGCCUGUGGAACCUUCUAGGCCCGAGUCUCUUCGCCUUGGGCAUAAUGGCCAUCGCUUGGACCGUGCGCACCAUCCGCCGCCGACGCUGCUACCCUCCCACGUGGAAGCGCUGGAUCUUUUUCCUGCUCCCGGGCACCACCAUCGCCACGUCGGCCAUCGCGCUCUACGCCUUCGUGGAGACGGAGGAGAACUAUUUCUACAUCCACAGCAUCUGGCACAUGCUGAUCGCCGGCAGCGUGGGCUUCCUGCUGCCGCCGCGCGCCAAGCCAGCCGCCAAGGUGACGCCCCUGCGACGCCAGCGGGGCUGCGGGUACCAGCUCUGUGUCAACGAACACGAGGAGAUGGGCCUCGUCGACCCCGCCAUCAUCACCAUUAACAGCAUCUGCACCAGCUGAUGACGCUCACUUGCCUUUCCUGUCUUCAAAAAUAAAGGAAAACAAAGCCACAGAACUCAUGGUGACACUGUAAAUACAAUCUGCAAGGACACACACGUACACUUUUCUUAUUGUUCCUU